UGCAAAGACUGUGUCUCCGCUUCAGGGAUAGAGAUAUUGUUGACAAGGCUAAAAAACCUUAAAGAUGAUCCAGCAGGGCAACAGACCAUUUGCCAACUUCGCCCGACAAUUUUGAGCAGCGGCCAGUAAAAUACCUGACUGGCCAGAUCGCAUGAAAUGUGAAUACUUCUAUGAAGCUGUUGACCCCGAGAUUUGUUGUUGGGCUGUCAUGAACAAUGAACCCUGCACCAUAGCCAAGUGGAUCAAAGUCGGAAGUUUCAUCGCCGACCAGUUCAAUCGCUCUAAAGGGACAGUGACCAAACCCCAACCAACUAAGCAAAUGUUGGUGUCAGCCAAAAAGGUACCCACCUCCACAACUCCAUCUACUACCACUUCAGAAACCACCUCUGAGAGAUGCUGCCAAUUGGGUCUCUGCCUGUACUGUUGCGAACCUGGACACAUGGCUGCCAACUGCCCAAAGAAAGCCAAACCUGGGGCCCCACCUAAAAAAGCAACUGCCAAACCACCAUGUUGUUCAACUACUCCGAAGGCAUCCCAAGGCACUUCCAAAACACUGACUGCAGAGGAAUUAGAUUUCCCUGAGGAGGAGGAAGACCCAGCCAAAGUUGGACUCUCUACGGCAGUUCCUGAAACCUCUGAGCCUACAAAAGAUGCGUUUGCUCAAGUGGGCUCCAGAUUUCGAUGCCUGGCAUGGCCUCCAGAACACCUUCUGCCAGUUUUGAUUGAUGGUCACAAGCACUACGAGAUCAGCACUAUCCUGGAUUCCCGCAUGCGCCACCAGCGCUUACAAUAUCUUGUUUCAUGGGUGGGAUUUCCCACGGGUCAUAAUCAGUGGGUCAGUGCUUUGGAUGUUUCUGCCCCUACCUUAGUUACUGCAUUUCAUAAAGCUUUCCCUCACAAGGCGGGGGGAGGGGGAUCUUAAGAGAGGCGGAAUGUCAGGAUGUGGUGAGUGUGUAUUCUGUCCUUGAGAGGUGGCUACCGGCUGCUUCUGGCUUUCUGCCUCAUGGGGAAUUUUGCUUGUAGAUUAUCUGUGUGAAACUAUGCUUUGUUUAUUCUG